AUAGCGGAAGUGGAUAUACUUAUUCAACCAACCGUACCUACAAAAUAGAAAACAAAAAAGGAAAAACUAUCAGGUGUAUGGUGUUUUUAUUAACUUAUCAUCGCUGACGUACAUAUGCAAAUCACAGAUGCAUUGACAUAAAUUGCACUUAAGCAUUUAUGCUAAUAAUUUCAUACCUUAAUAGAUAGGUGACUAGAAUGUGAGUUAAACUAGGUAACUAGUUAAACUAGAAACUAGUCAUUCUCAUUCAAUGUUCAAGUUUCAUUAAAAAGAAAAAAAUAUUGUGAAUUUUAUUUAUUAUUUCCAAAGCUGACAUUUGAAGCUUAGGGCCUAUUUAUUUUGAUUUGUACAUAUUUUAAAAUAAUUUUGACUCUUUUUAAAAUUAUAUUUCUUUUUUAAAAAAUCUGCUACCUAAAGUUUUUUUUUAAUUUACUGACUACUUUGAAGUUUUGGUCUUGGUAAAUUUUAGGUUAAUGGAAGGGGUUUUGCCCAAGAGUUGUCUCACCCUAAGGCCCUAAGUGCAGUGAGAUCACUUAGGGAAAUCCCAAAACUGGACUUAGAGUGAAUGGACCAAAUUUUGGACCUGAACACUGUGUGUGAUAACUUUCCCAUUCUUCAAUGAGCAUUACUUGUGACAUAAACUAAAUGAUAAAUCUGACGAUCGAUAUAAUAUGGUUAAUAUGAAGUAUACUAUAAAAGGCCUAUAUCAAAAGCACAUUUUUAUAAAUUCAACAUACAAGUUUCAAAAUAAAUUUAAAAAGAAACACAUCCUUGCUGAUACACUAAGACCCAACAAAGGUGGCAAAAAAAGGCGUGCCCUAAAAGUGCUGUCUUUGGACUUUUGAUUAGUCGAAAAUGGAAGUACCUGUAUGUUAAAACUCCGGUAACAAAAGGGAGACUACUACUUAAUUUGUAUUGAAAAUGGGCAUCCGCGCAAUAGGUUAGGAAAUAUUUGAUAACUUGUGUUUCGGAAUGCAUUUAGAAGUCAUUUAAACAUGAAUAUUUUUAGGUUUUAAAACCCGGUAUAUUCCAUAUUAUAAAUGAUUACAAUUCUCCAUGUGCAAAAUCUCAGAGUUUCAUUCAUAAGAGUUUGCAGUGUGCAAACACUGUUGUGUAUACCAGGGUCAGCAAUUUAUUUUGGGGGGCAGAGCCAUUUUUUUAAUAAAUUAUAUUUUCUAAGAUUAGGCCCUAUUCAUAAGUAACUAAGAACACAUUUAGGGAGCCAUAGGAUCAUAGGAAGUUUUUAGUUUGAGAGAACAAAUAUUCACAUAACAUCUGGCUGGAGUAAUAUAUUAUAACUAAGUCAUAAUUUAAAUUUAGGGACUAGGCCUGCAUUAAAAAAAAAUUAGGACUAUUAUAAUUAAAUUAUUUAUUCACUCUUUUUAUAGGCCUACUGAAAAGAAAUGUUUUAUAUUUAUAUUUAAGGAAAAUAGACAUAUUUAUUCAGUCUUAUCUUAGGGUAUUUUUUAAUAUUGUAUGCAUUUAAUCAUUUAAACUAAAUCAAAGUUUAUCAAGCAAUUUAUUGUAAACCAUAUGAAUUCUUUAAACAUCUAUUUAUAUUAGGCCCAUUUUACUUUUUUAAUUAGGGAUAAAUUAUUUAUUGCAGAUUGUCCUUGACAGUUGUUUUAAGAAUGAUGUGUGGAUAAAAUGGGGUGCACAUAUUCAGGGCACAUUGGUAAAAAUGAUGGUACUCGCUCAUUUAGAGUUUACAAUGUUGAUGAUCAAGGUGUUGAACUUAAUAGAGGAACAAUAGAAAUCCGGGAGAAUGACUUAGUUCUGUACCAAAAAGGAAAAGAUACAAUCAGGUACACAUUGACGUGAAAUUGAAAGGCUUUUUUUUUUUGGGGGUUGGGGGGCAAUCCUAGUUUUUGUGUGUUCUGUACGUUUUCUAUAUUUGUUUUGCUUACAGUCCCAUUUAAUAUUUUCAAGCAUAACAUCAUAAAACAUUUUAAAGUUAUGGAUACUAAUUUUUAAAAAUGAAAUAGUUUUCUUUGGGGGAAUUUUAAUUAAUUGAAUUUAUUUUUAGGUGGCCAUUACGAGGAUUGCGACGAUAUGGUUUUGAUGCAGAACUGUUUUCAUUUGAGAGUGGUAGAAGAUGUGCAAUGGGUCCAGGCAUUUAUGCUUUUAAGUGUUCACAUGCAGAAUCUUUAUUUAAUUUGGUUCAAGAAAGUUUGCAGAGGGCUGGAGAGGAAGACCAGAGAGGCCAGCAACAAAAUCACAGUCAUAACACCACAGUUUCUGGAAUUCAACAUAAUAGGUCAGUUUGUCAUAUAAACCAUACAAUUUUUUAAGAAUUCUAGUUUUUUACUUUGAUUUUUUAAACAAUAAAUAAUGAUUCAUUCAUAAUAUCAAAAUGUCAGUCAAUAAUUUGUAUUUGUCAAGUUUUGUUUAUGACUUUAAAAAAAUUCUAAUUGUCAUAUUGCUAGGUUUCAAAUGCUACAUUCUUUAGACCUUUCCAUGUUAAUUUUUACCAACAUUAUCAAGUUGAGAAGGCUGAUUAUGGGAAAAAAUGCAAUACUUAAAUCAUGCUUCCAACAACAGUAUUCCUUUUUAAUCCAGGGGAUCAGCUAGUGCUGUAAGUGAACCAGUUAGUCAGGCCAGUGAAAGACUUUUUAUCUAUAAUGGCACAACAGAAGAUACAGAGGUAACAGGAAGUAGAAAUGGGAGUUCUCACCUGUAUGUCAAUGGAAUACUUUCUGAUGAUUCAGGACAUGAAUAUGUUAAUUCUGCUGUUACAAGAGCUAAUGGUGGAGCGUUUCAGAUAGAUGAAACAGCUGCCCUCAUAGAUUUCUUACAUAACCCACCAGGUGUGAGGUCUGGUGCCACUCGUUCCCAGGUUGGUUGUAUUUAUGGAUUUAAGAAAUGUAAUUUUUACACAACCCUGAUAUUAUAGAUAUAAAAGAUUUAUAUUAGAUUUUUUAAACUUAAUCCAUGAAGUGGUAAUAUUAAAAAUGUUAAGUUCUGAAAAUAAUAUUGGUGAAGCAGAUUAUUUAAGAUUAAAAGUUUUUGUAAAGAGUCAAAAUCUUAGGAGAUUUGUUAAUGUUUUUAUUUUUCCAGGUAAAUUAUGCAGAGCUUUGCAUGCCAGACACACAGCCAAGCAUGAUGAGUAUGGAGAACCUGCUGGAUGAGAAUGGUAUGGAUGCUGUGCGCAAUGUUGAAAGGAGGAUGACAGGCCCAGAUAUUCGCAACAGACUGUCACAGCAUAGUUUAUCUUUAGGAGGAUUCGGUGCUGAAAGCAGUAAGCCAAAUUUUAACAUUAAAAUAGACCAUUAGGUUAUAUUUUAAAAAUGUAUUGUUUUGCACUUUGAUAUUAACAAAGUAGCCUAAAGGCUUUGAAUAUUUAAAAAGAAAAUAGAUAUUAGUAAGAGCCAGGCUGAUACAUAUAAAAAUCACUGUUUGAAAUUGAUAAUCCUGUGUAACAUUCUUUAACACAUCAAAUUUAUAUUUCGUCUCUUAAUUACAGACAAUCGUAUUUCCAUGCCCAAUGAUCUUCUGGCUAGCAGUUCUCAAGAAUGCAUCCUUCAGUCAGGUGAUUCUGAUGUUUUUCUACCAGAUGUACCCCAAGAUACUGGGGCCUCUUCUAAUUAUGUGAAUAUUGCUUUAGAAGAACCUUCAUUACCAGCUCGGCCCCCAUCUCAAGAAGAGAUUCUCCUUCCACCUGCUCAUGACGCACUGACCAAUUAUGCUAAUGUUGAUUUCCUCCCAUCAAGAGUUCAGAAAGUACCAAUGAGAGCUCCAAGAGUCAAUAAACUAGUAAGUGGGAAUAAGAAGAGUUCUUUUUUUGAGUGCAUACAAUUCAAUUUUGUAUAUGAAUACAUUUAAUUUAUGGAUCAAAUCUUAAAAUUAUAAAAGGAUUUACACAAUUAUCUGUUUAAUUUUUUUUUUAUUGUUGUAGUUUUAGGCAAUACACAUACAUUAUAAGAUAAUUUGUAUCUGAUAUAAGUAAUAAAGAAAGAAAUAUAAAGAAAUAUAAACUUAAAUGUUUAUCAAUUUUAUGUCAUUUUUAGACUAAAUACAUAAUCAUAUCAAGUAAAUCAUUACAUUUUACCUGGCUAGGAAUUUGUUCUAAGUAAAAAAUUUCUUGCUCAUUAAUUUUUUUAAAAUAAACUGGUAUCUUAGUAAUAUUUAAUUUAGGUAAUUUUACAAAGUAAAUAUUGUGUAUGGGAUCUAAUGAGCAUGCAGGAUGUUUAUGUUAUAAUAUAUUAAAUAUGAAUUAUCUGUGAAGAAAAAUAAGUCUAAUUUUUGCUAAGUCUUAUUAUUUAUUAUUUUGCCUCCACAGCCCCAAGUUAACUACAUUGUGAUAGAUCAUAAAAACCAAAGUAAUGACAACCUACCAGGGAAUAAUUCCCCAACAUCUCCAACAAGCUGCGUGUCCUUUCCCGAAUCUCCCAGCAGGAAAACUGAAAGCUAUGCCAUGAUUGACUUUGGUAGGACUGCAGCACUGUCCCAAACUGUGCGCCCAGUGGAGGAUGAAGGUGGCAGAAAGACUCGGCAUAAUAGCACUAUCAGCGACAUGCCGUAAGGAGGCUCAGCAAAUUCAGAGACAAGUUUUCAUGCUUGUCAGAUGUUUUCAGUUGCUUAACUGAACCAUUCAUCCAAAAGUAAGAUUCUUAAAUGGUGUAUUCAUGGCCAAUAUGAAAAAGCCGGUGAUGAUGGUGGUUAGCAGUUUCUAUGAACCUGAAAGAUGCCAAAUCCCCUGCUACAAACAAGGAUCAAUACAACCUGAUAUUGAGAAUAUCACUUUAUAAAAAAAACAUGUUUCACUUACCUGGUACAGUGAGCUGUAAACAAUGAAGGCAUCCACUAAAAUAAGUCUUAUUGAUUGUUUUAAUGUUCUGUUUAAUACCUUGGAGCAUUCCAUGAACAUUCCAGCAAGGCCAUGGAUCACAUGCUCCCAGCAUGUUGUUGUAAUGAAAUAUCUUACAGGAUACUUUGAGGAAUACAUCUUUUGUGUCUUCUCACAUUCCUGGAACAUACCUGUACGCAGUCUAUGUCUUUGAAUAUAUGACAGUAUUUUAAGUCUAAUUUCAUACAGGGUGUGUUUUGUUUCGUUGCAUUCAACUCUUUUAAAACAACGUUGUCUAUCAGCAUUUUAUUAUUUUAUGAACUUUCAUAAGCUGGGAAUUUUUUUAAUUUCCAUCAUGUGGUGGUAGGUUUAUAAUUCUAAUCUAAUCAGUGCCUGACACUGAUAUUGGGAGACUGAAACAUCACUGUCUUUUUAAUGGUCUUAAUCUUCCACCAUUUUUAGUGAUAUUGGACCUGAACUAAACAUUUUCUUUUAUGUUGGUAUGAUAAAAGAUGUUGUGUAGUCUCACCUUCCCCCCCCCCCCCAUGUAUAGCAGAACAAUUGCUAUCCUAUAAUGUAUUAGGCUCAUUUUGCUGGACACCCCUGAUGUAGAGAUGGGCUUAUCUCCUAAUAGAUCAGUUAACUGCCUUAUUUCAAGUCCAUAAUUUAAUAAGUGCUUGAGUUCUAAUAGUAGCAGACAAGAGAUAAAGCCUCUGUCUUAGCUGGGAAAUAUUCUGACAUUGAUACAAAUUUAUAUUAAUUUUGUUUAUCAUAAAUAGCUGUAUUUGGUUAAGGGGAGUUUUGUGCUGGCCAGCCAUACUCUUUUUCCACCCUCUUUUAAUAAGCACCUCUUUCAUUUGUGCCAGAUAACAACCAAGGUCUUUUUGCAACUAUUUUGUGGACAAAGCAGUUUGAAAUCUGCUGUAAAUAGGGAAUUUAUAUUUUAUUUUUUAUAGUUUUAUCAUCAGUGGAAAUGAAAAUGACCCAGUAUAAAUAAUUAAUGACAAAUUUUAAGUGUUGUGAGUCAAAGAUGUUACUAAACCAGACGAUUUGUUGGGAUGAUUGUUUCAUUAUUUUACAAAGCAGGAGUAACAGGAGUAAUAAAUGUUAAGUAAAUAAAAACAGUUAAUCAAUUACAUGCUAUAUGGAUUACAUUAUAAAAAUGGUAUUCCUAUACGCAUACAGAGAUAUGAAUACUCCAAAAGUUUUUCAAAUGUACCGGGGAAACAAAUGGUAUUUAUUGGCAAGCUUUUGGACAUCCCCCUCCUCCCAACUUACAUAACAUUGUAUUUACAUUAAUUCAUACCACAACAUUGUUUAUUUUAUGUGGGUUGCAGUGCCUAUGUUUUAUUUAUUGAUAUUACAUCUCAUCUUGAUCAUUCUCAACAUGUACUUUGUACGUAACAGAGUCAUAACUUUCUGGAUGUCCUUAAAUUGGUCAGGGACUGAACACAAUAAUUGUUUUUCACUUGAUUUUCUUUAAAUAUAAUGUAUGUAUUGAAAUGAAAACCUUCGGUUGUGAAGGAAUAUUGACCAGAUCUGCUAACCAUUUUUCACCCUUAACACUACCUGUCACUCUUUGGUUGUGAACAGAAUGCAUUUAAUUCUCACACAAUUCCUUCUCAUUAGACUGUACACAGAAACUUUCCUCAGUCUUUUGCAAAUGAAACUAAAGAUAAACUAUAGCCGGUUAAAUAACUUACAGACUAAAGAAAAUGAUGUAAAGUUUAUUACUAUUUAGAAAGAUUGUAUAGAGAAUCAAUGCCCAGUUUAUUACCAUUUAGUUAUACUGUGUAGAGAAAUAAUGCCCAGUUAAAUGAAAAUCAUAUAACUAAUUACCAUUGGCAGUUGCUUGUUUUGUUUUAAUUUCAUAGACAUAGUUGAACAUUCAAAAACCACUUUAACUUUUUAACAUUAAUAGAUAAACAUUCAUUUAUUCAAAAAGAAUGACAUUAUUUGUCAUUUAGGCAGCAUGUCUUAAAAAACUUUACUCCG